AUGUACAUUCCACAGUCAAAAUGGACCUGGGCAUUCAUGCUCAUCUCCCUCCUCCAGGCCAUCGUUGCUCUCGGCCUCGAAGCGUACGUCUUCGGUCGAUUCCAGAACAGUCUGCGAGAAAACAUACCGAACCAACACAAUGAAACCCGCACCAUCCCCACAUACCUCGCAGUUUUCAUGUUCGGAUACAUCUACCAGAUCAUACUCGUAUACGACGCCUUGCGCAUGAAGAACACCAUUCAAGUCAUCGGACUCGUUCUCUACAACAUCGGCAUCUUGAUCUACGCCGCCAUCCAGAUGGACCAGAUCAAGGACGCCGUGCAGUACCUCGACAAGCAGACCUUCAUCACCGACCAUCUCUUCUGGCAGCAGGUGAGGGGCAUCUUGAUCGCCCUCCCCAUCCUGAUGGCUGCCGGCACUCUAGCUCUGGCCUUCGUCGCCUGGAAGCUUUACGACGAGUUCGCAUGGACCAUCUACAAGCACAUCAGUGCCGAUCUGCGCCUGAAGAGGAGAUAUCUGACGUACCAGAUUUACAUCGCCCUCCUCAAGUUCGACUUCUUUUUCUUCCUCGCCUUCACGGUCCAGUUCCUGGUCGUGGUCGAGAACACAUCUACCGUCGAACUGGCAUUGACCGCCGCCGCCCUCGCCAUCACCUUCGUCUUCCUCAUCCUCGCCGCCUACUGGGUCCGCCGGGAGUCCGUUGCCGGAAUGAUCGUCAUCAUCAUCAUCUACUUCAUCGCGCUCGCCUACUUCCUGUUCAAGCUCAUCCGAAUGUACGCCGCCGACAAGGAGCGACUCCUGGACUACAUGCCUGCCAGGAAGAGUUUGACCAGUUUCGCCGUGCUCACGAUCCUCCUGGUUAUCGUCACCAUCGUCAUCGCAUGCAUCUGCACGCACAACUUCAACAAGGGCCUGAAACCCCACGUGAACAGCAAGAAGGCCAGUGCAACCAAGGGCGCAAAUGGCACCGAGAUGCCCUAUGUGAGCGGCCCUCAACCGAGCCAAAGGAUGGAGAUUGAUUAA